AUGCAGUUCUCUACCGUCACCGCCAUGAUGACUUUCUUCCUCGCUGCCGCGACUGGCGUCACCGCUAAGCAUCACACCCGCCUCCACAGCGGGCAGUUUAUCUUCGGCUUCCCUAAUGAUGCUGCGACCAACAAGGUCUGCCCUGGCUUCUGCUCCGACUGCACGCUCGGUGACGACGACGGUCACCGUGUCUGCAACUCUCCCGGCAAGGAGAUAGACGGUGAUGGUUUCUCGAACGCUUGCAUCGCUGCCGGUGCCAAUGGUAGCGAAUAA